AUGCCAAAGACCUCUCGAACAUCACCCUUCUCAGUCUCUUCGCAAGAAGACUCACUUCUCCGACUUAGACGAAUGCCUGACGAAAAUCAACAACAAAAAACCAAAAAGGGGAAGAAAAACGAAAGCCUAGACAAUUCCCCUCCAAGAGCAUCCUUCCUAUCCGAAAAAGAGCCAAAGCAAUUCAUGGCCCAACAUAAUCCUAUUUCUGCCAUGCUCCACCAACCAGAUGAAAAAUUUGAUAGUCAGUCUUCUUCUUCCUCUUCUGACCAAGAAGAAAAUUCUGAAGAGAAUUCUGAAACUUGGUCACAAGAUUCAAAUACUAGUAACGAGUCCCAAGAUUCGGGUACUAGUGACGAGUCUAAAGACUCGAAUACUUUUGAUGAUGACGUACCCCCUUAUUUUAUGGCUCAAUCUGCAGAAGAAGCAUACUCUCAAACUGAGCCUAUAGUCAAAGUGAAGAUGAAAGUGAAGAAGAUGAAGAAGAAGCAGCUACAAAGAGCACAGAAUCCAAGCAUCACCAUCUUUCAAAGCUCGCUUUCGAAUGUAAUUAUGCAAGGUCAUUGA